AUGACCUACAAGACGAGAAAGUCGGAAGACAUACCGCGGAAAUGGGAUUCGAAUCAAGUAGCAGGAUCUGUAACAUCUGCUCCAGCGCAGCCCGGUCUGCGUUUUUCGUCCAGAGAAAGCGAGGUCUGUGACUGGCAAGCGCCGAGCCAUGUCGAGCACGCGGGAACAGGUGGUGCAUUCGACGAUGACGGCGACGCUCAUGUCGAGGCUGCGCUCCUGUUUCUUGGUGAGCGAGCAUUGUGCUCUGCGCCCGGGUCAGCAAACUCGGAUGACUUUCAGCGCGAUGUGAUCUGUUACGAAGCUGGGGAGUCGGCACUUGCAGGCCAGAACCUCACCGAAUGCAAACACUCCGCCCAUGAGGCUGAUGUUGUCUCCAUUCAACGCGGCCGACUGCGUCCAUGCUUCUCGGCGGGCGCAGCUUCAAGCUCUGCGGUCGAGCCCAGUCGCAACGGUUUCGACGGACGCUCGACUGGGCGCCUCGGGACUGCGGAAACGACACCACUGCCCAGGGCAUUGCCGAUCGAGCGCCUACGUAUCUGUGCGGGCACCAGUGUGCUCCACGAAGGCGUUCCUUGCUGGGAAUCUCCGCGUGCCGCUGGAGUGCAUCGGAGCACGGCAUGCCCGUCAUCGACAUGUGCGUGCCCUGCCUCGGGACGACCGACUCCGACCACACAUAUACUGAGACGAGACGCUUAUGCGAAUCGUUCGAUAUCCGGUGAUCAAACGACUCCGCUGAGAGCAGCGCUCUCGCAAGAACCUGCUCGGGCGAGCUCGCGCCGAAGAACCCCGCUUCCGAAGCAUGCCGUUGCUGUAUUCGAAGCCUGGGCCAGAGCGCACUGGGAUCACCCGUACCCAAGUGACGCGGUGAAGGUUCAGUUGAGUGCCCAGACUGGUGUGUCUGUGAAACAAGUAUCUAACUGGUUUAUCAACUUUCGAAAACGCUCAUGGCACGGCCGGCGAUAG